UUCUUGCUGACUACUAAAAAUCAACUGAAUAGAAGACCUCAAGACCCGUAAUCGAAGCCAUCAAAUCUACUGUGACCAAGGGAACUAUGAGCACCCGUCCCCAGAAGGACAUGAGUGACACUCACACCCGGCCUCUCCUGGCAGAGCCACUGUCCAGCAGAUACAAACUCUAUGAGUCGGACUUCUCCAGCCCAAGCUGGCCCUCGAGCCCCCAGGACACACACCCGGCCCUGCCCCUCCUAGAGAUGCCUGAGGAGAAGGAUCUUCGGCCAUCCAAUGAAGAGAGUCACAUUGUGAAAAUUGAAAAACCCAGUGACAGGAGUAAGAGGCGAGAGAGCGAGGCAGCCCAUCGGGGCUCUGCCGGCAGAGGGGGCAUCAGCCUCUUCCGAGCAGUAGGCUACCUGACCGGGGAGAUGAAGGAGUACAAGGCCUGGCUGAAAGAUAAGCCCAUGGUUCUCCAGUUCACAGACUGGGUGUUGCGGGGGACGGCCCAGGUGAUGUUUGUCAACAACCCUCUCAGCGGACUCCUCAUCUUCAUCGGGCUCAUGAUCCAGAAUCCUUGGUGGGCAAUUGCUGGAGGCCUUGGGGCAGUGGUCUCCACUUUAACUGCUCUGGCCUUGAGUCAGGACAGGUCAGCCAUCACCUCAGGACUGCACGGAUACAACGGCAUGCUGGUGGGACUGCUGAUGGUCGUGUUCUCCGAGAAGUAUGACUACUACUGGUGGCUUCUGCUUCCUGUGACCUUCACAGCCAUGGCCUGCCCUGUCCUCUCCAGCGCCUUGAAUUCCAUCUUCAGCAAAUGGGACCUUCCGGUCUUCACGCUGCCCUUCAACGUUGCCCUCACCCUGUACCUGGCAGCCACCGGCCACUACAACCUCUUCUUCCCCACCUCACUGGUGGAACCUGUGUCCUCCGUGCCCAACAUCACCUGGACGGAACUAGAGAUGCCCUUGCUGCUACAAGCCAUCCCCGUGGGGGUCGGCCAGGUGUACGGCUGUGACAACCCCUGGACAGGCGGCAUGAUCCUGGUGGCACUGUUCAUCUGCUCGCCUCUCAUCUGCCUACACGCUGCCAUUGGCUCUAUCGUGGGCAUGCUGGCAGCCCUGACAGUGGCCACACCCUUCGAGACCAUCUACAUGGGCCUCUGGAGCUACAACUGUGUCCUAUCCUGCAUCGCCAUUGGGGGCAUGUUCUACGCCCUGACCUGGCAGACCCACCUGCUGGCCAUCAUCUGUGCCCUGUUCUGCGCAUACCUGGGAGCAGCGCUAGCCAACAUAAUGUCGGUGAUUGGCGUGCCCCCAGGCACCUGGCCCUUCUGCCUCUCCACCCUUGUCUUCCUGCUCCUAACAACCAACAACCCCGCCAUCUACAGGCUGCCUCUAAGCAACGUCACCUACCCUGAGGCCAACCGCAUCUACUACCUGACAUUGAGAAGCAGUGAGGAAGAGAAGUCUCCCAGCGGUGGCCGGGCACAGCCAGCAGCAGGGAGCCCCAAAUCUGAUGAGGGCUCAGAGGCCGUGCUCCCCAAGCCCAGGAGUGUGUUUCACAUUGAGUCGUCCAUCCGGCGCAGGAGCAAAGUGUUUGGAAAAGGUGAGCAGCCAGAGAGACAAGCCAAAGACCCGUAUCCCUACCAGUACCGGAAGCCCACGGUGGAGCUGCUGGACCUGGACAGCAUGGAGGAGAGCUCAGAGAUAAAGGUGGAAAGCAACGUGCCCAAGUCCUCCUGGAUCCAGAGCUCCCUGGCUGCCAGCGCCAAGAGGCUCAGCAAAGCACUAGGCUACGUCUCGGGAGAGAUGAAGGAGUGCGCGGAGAUUCUCAAAGACAAGUCCCCUGUGUUCCAGUUCCUGGACUGGGUGCUCCGGGGCACCUCUCAGGUGAUGUUUGUCAACAACCCCCUGAGCGGCAUCCUCAUCGUGCUGGGCCUCUUCCUCCAGAACCCCUGGUGGGCCAUCUCAGGCUGCCUGGGCACCAUGGUGUCCACGCUCACAGCCCUGGUCCUCAGCCAGGACAGGUCAGCCAUCAUGGCUGGGCUUCAUGGCUACAACGGAGUGCUGGUGGGGCUGCUGAUGGCCGUGUUCUCAGACAAAGGUGACUAUUACUGGUGGCUUCUGCUCCCUGUCAGCGUCAUGUCCAUGUCUUGCCCCGUCCUCUCCAGUGCCCUGGGCACCAUCUUCAGCAAAUGGGAUCUCCCAGUCUUCACGCUGCCCUUCAACAUUGCAGUGACCCUGUACCUGGCAGCCACCGGCCACUACAACCUCUUCUUCCCCAGUGUGCUGCUGCGGCCCGCGUCCUCUGUGCCCAACAUUACCUGGUCAGAGGUGCAGGUGCCCCUGCUUUUGCGAGCCGUCCCCGUGGGGAUCGGUCAGGUGUACGGCUGCGAUAACCCCUGGACUGGAGGCAUUUUCCUGGUAGCGCUGUUCAUCUCCUCGCCGCUCAUCUGCCUGCACGCUGCCAUCGGUUCUACCAUAGGGAUGCUGGCAGCUCUCACAAUCGCCACACCUCUGGACCCCAUCUAUUUCGGCCUGUGCGGCUACAACAGCACACUGGCCUGCAUCGCCAUCGGGGGCAUGUUCUACGUCCUCACCUGGCAGGCCCACCUCCUCGCCAUCGCCUGUGCACUGUUUGCAGCUUACCUGGGUGCUGCCUUAGCAAACACCUUAUCUGUGUUUGGAUUGCCACCCUGCACCUGGCCCUUCUGCCUCUCGGCUCUCACCUUCCUGCUCCUGACGACCAACAACCCCGCCCUCUACAGGCUGCCCCUCAGCAAGGUCACCUACCCUGAGGCCAAUCGCAUCUACCAUCUGUCCCAGGAGAAAAACAGAAGACCAUCCACCAUAACGAAAUACCAAGCUUACGAUGUCUCUUAAGCUGCCUUCUCUAAGACUCAUUGCUGCAGGCGCGGUCAGUCUUCACGGCAGGUUGCCAGUACCCCCGGGUGCAGGCCACUUAGUCCCUUCUUUCUGGGGUGUGAUUCUCCCCCUUAUAACCCAAGUGUCCCGCAGCAGGAAUCUCUCUGCUCUAAGAUCACAACACAUACCCAAAGAAUGUGACUAGUUUAGACUUUUGCAUCACAACUUUCUAAGAGCUCACUCUGAGAAAGUGAGUCUUGACCUCUUCUGCAAAAGAAGCCACAUCCCUAGAGAAAACUUAGCAAAAGGGGAGAGAGGUUGUUGACAAGGUCAUCCAACUCAGUCAUUCAGUGGAAUGAAGAUAAACCCAAGAGGUGAACCCCGAUCUACCACUGGUGAACCCCUACCCUCUCUGGUGAGACCAUGGUCACCCCCGCUUCCAGCCUCCAUUUCUUAGUGGUUUCAUGACAGCUUUAUGGCACCACCCCCACCCCAAGUGUUGAUUCUUCUCUCUGUAUAAACUGAUGAAAUGGGCAUAACCACAAUGGGUCUUUUCAGUUUCUGAAAGUAUCAAAGAGUUACCAGGAGAUGAGACAAGAGAAUUGUUUUGUUUGGGGAAGAUUUAUUCUUAAGUCAUGAAAAUGUAUUCUGCAGACUUAAGGUUAGGAGUAGAGAUUCACUGAAAACGUCAAUGUGAUUUUCUUCUUUCAUAUAACAAAGGCAUUUCUGGAAAUAUCUUAAGAUUAAGUUGAUCAUUUUCAGCACUCAGAUCAUGUAUUAAACCAAUCAUUUCCUUUUUAAUAUUCACAAACAUACUCUCAUUAAACUAUUAAAUGUGCAA